UGUGUGAGUCGACGGUGAUAGGAGAAGAUAUAUUCGGGUAGUGGAGCGGGUCCGCAGGAACGUGUGGGACGGGCUUUGUCCCAUUUCAUUACUUUGAAAUAAUUGGCAAGUGUGUCGGAAUAUUUUGUCAAAUCUGGUAACGAGUCCAGGGCAGAGGGCGCGCAAGUCGUGACCCCUUAUCUGCUGCCUCUCCUCCUCCUCCCCCGCGCCGCGCCCGCGCAUCUCACCGCCCAUUGCGCACUCCUGAUUCUAGCAUACGACGCUGACGGUCGUAUGACUGCGUAAGAAAAUGUUUUCGUGGUGCGUGCUACUGGCGCUGGGAGCGUGCGCGUCGGGCGCGGCGGCCACUGAAGCCGCGGUAGGAUGCGAGCUGGCGCCGCGCGAGGCCGCUGCUGACAAGUCCCCGGGGGACAACCACUACCGGCUGUUGCUCAGCGAGGACACGGAGCGCUACGCCCCUGGACACCGAUACGUCGUAACGCUGGUGGGAUCGCGCACGCACGACGUGGUGCAGCAGUUCACGCGGUUCCAGUUGGUGGUGGAGCCGCAGGACGGCACCGCACCGCGCUCGCUGCGCCGCCAAGGACAAUUCCAGCUGUUCGCCGAUACGCUCACCCGAUUUGAUGAGGAGUGCGUCAACUCGGUUCUGGAGGCCGACGACCUGCCCAAGACCGAGGUCCAGGUCAUGUGGAAGGCGCCCGAGGCCGGCUCCGGAUGCGUGCUCCUUAAGGCCAUGGUCUACGAGAACGCUAGCCGGUGGUUUGCGGAGGACGGGCAGUUGACGCGACGCGUGUGCGAGGACACCGCGCUCGCUGCGCCCGACUGCUGCGCCUGCGACGAUGCCAAGUACAAGAUGGUGUUCGAGGGACUGUGGUCGCCACAGACGCAUCCUAAAGACUUCCCGGUUCAGGCCUUGUGGCUGACGCACUUCUCCGACGUGAUCGGCGCCACGCACCCGCGCAACUUCUCAUUCUGGGGGGAGGGGCAGAUCGCGUCCGAUGGUUUCAGGUCGCUGGCGGAGUGGGGUUCUGUGGGGCUGCUGGAGCGUGAGCUGCGCCAGCGCGGGCGGCUGCUGCGCUCCGUGGUGAAGGCGCAGGGCCUGUGGCACCCGCGCGUCAACGCCAACACCUCCGCCGUCUUUACCGUCGACAGGACGCGCCACUACCUCUCCCUCGCCUCCAUGUUCGGCCCCUCCCCCGACUGGGUGGUGGGCGUGAGUGGGCUGGAGCUGUGUAACAAAGACUGUAGCUGGGCGGAGAGCAAGACCAUCGACCUGUUCCCCUACGACGCCGGCACCGACAACGGCAUCUCUUACAUGUCGGCAAACUCUGAAACGAUUCCCCGCGAGAAGAUGUAUCGCAUCACUACGAUGUACCCGGAGGACCCGCGCGCGCCCUUCUACAACCCUGGGGGCGAGCUGCGGCCCAUGGCGCGGCUGUACAUCACGCGCGAGAGCCUGCUGCCGCGCGGCUGCGACGAGGACACGCUGCAGGCUCUGGUGCUCGAGGAGGCCGAGAACACGCAGGCCGUCAAUCGCCCGGAGUGCGGGGUGACGGAGUGGAGCGCGUGGUCUGCGUGCUCGGUGUCGUGCGGCAAGGGGCUGCGCAUGCGCACGCGCGAAUACCGUAUGCCGCAGAAGGCCGCCAUGUUCGCCUGCGACCGCCAGCUCGUCUCCAAGGAGAUGUGCGUCGCCGACGUGCCCGAGUGCCCCGAGCGCGGCGCGGCGGAGGCGGAGGUGGAGGCUGAGGCGGAGGCGGUUGGAGUGCCGGAGGAAGCAUGCCGCACGACGGAGUGGGGCCCGUGGAGCGAGUGCUCGGUGACGUGCGGCAUCGGCAUCAGCACGCGCCGCCGCACCUUCCUCGACCACAUGGGCUUCAAGAAGUGCCCGUUGGUGCCCACCGAGGAGAAUCGUAAGUGCAUGGAGCCGCAGUGCGUGGAGGCGGAGGCGGACGCGGGCUUGUCGGACCCCGCGUGCCCCACCACCGAGUGGUCGGGCUGGUCGCCGUGCUCGGCGUCGUGCGGGCGCGGCGUGAGGUUCCGCACGCGGCUGCUGCUGGUGCCGGCGGACCGCCAGCAGGAGUGCUCGGCGCGCGUCGAGCUGCUGCAGCAGCGGCCCUGCCAGGACCGCGCCGACUGCGCCAUCGACAUGCCCACAGCUAAGCGUAUCUGCAUGGAGGCACCGGAGCAAGGCCCGUGCCGCGGCCUGUACCAGCGCUGGGCAUUCGUGGCGAUGAAGGGCAUGUGCGUGCCCUUCAACUACGGCGGAUGUCGCGGCGGACAGAACAACUUCCUCACGCAGCAGGACUGCAUGGACACCUGCAAGGUGCUGCUCGGAGGCGCCGGGCCUGCAGGUGGCGCCGGGCCGGCAGGGGGCGCGGCGAGCCCCGCGGCCACCUCCAAUUACCCCGGCCUCAGCAUCGUCUCCAUCGUGCCGGUCCCUCCCGCCUUGAAUGGGCUAGGAUCCCCUCCGGCGGCGGGCGGCGCGUCUGGCGCGGAGUGUCGGCUGAGCGCGUGGGGCGAGUGGAGCCGUUGCAGCGUGACUUGCGGCGUGGGCUACCAGGAGCGCACGCGCACCGUACUCUCGCCGGCGGGCCCGGGGGCGCCGCCGUGCCCCGCGCGCCUCGUGCGUCGCCGCCGCUGCUCGCGCGCCUGCUAGUUGCCGCACUACGUGUUAACAUAACACGAAUCUUAAUACUAUGACAUGGUUCAUUUCUUAGGAUAUUAUUGAAUAGGCAUUAGUAAACUUAAACAUAUUUUAACCGAAUUUUAUUUCAAGAAACAACUGAGCACACGUACUAUCUAUCUACGGUACUUAUCUAUUAUUUGUUAAAUACAGCUUCCUUUCUGAUAGAUUUAUUACUAGAAUCUAUAAGAUCAUGUUUUUUCAC